AUGGACUCUUUCCACCUUGACGCCCUGAUCGGGUCUCAGACCGCAGGCUCAGCGGCUUCGCCGGACCACGCCACAGACGUAUCGGACGCUGGCUCCAGCUCGGAAUGCUCGUUUGACGGCGCCCCCGACGGCCGCAAGCCGCCGCCACGCGACCUGUCCCACCUGUAUUCCGAAGCCACGAACCUGCGCGUAGCAAGCAAGAUGAAGGAGUACUAUAGGUUCUUCCAGAUCCCAAACAUUGCUAAUCUUGCUGGCGGCAAGUCCUCCCUCCCCAUUUCCCGUCCAUCCGUCCAUUCGUUUGGCCUGCCCAAUGUCCAGUACUUUCCUUAUGACACGCUCGAGGCCAAGAUUGCCAAGCCGGUGCGCUGGACGCCAUCGCCCAACAAACAGGGCACCGCGGACGACAACGAGGGCGACGAGGACCUUGUCCUCGUGACCGACGGCGUCGCUGCCGUCAAUGUGGCUUCACAGGCAUCGUCCGCCCCGUCGGACCGCGCAGCGCCUGAGCGCCUCGUCGUACCCAAGAUAUCACCCGGCGGCGUUUUGCCGACGGAGAAGAUUGAUCUUGCUACUGCACUGCAGUACGGCGGUUCCGACGGCUACCCGCCGCUUCUAAGCUGGAUUCGCAACUUUGCGCGCGAGUACCUGCACCCGAAUGUGCCGUACGAGGGCGGCGUGGACGUUGUGCUGACCGUCGGCUCCACGGACGGCCUGUCCAAGACGCUCGAGCUGUUUGUCGACAACUGGAACCCCGUCCGCGACGACAUUAGCACGCGACCGGGUCUGCUGUGCGAGGGCUUCGUCUAUGGCAACGUGCUGAGCCAGAUCGCACCCAAGGGCCUGCAGGUCGUGACCGUCGAGGCAGACGCCGAGGGCAUGGUCCCAUACGGCCCUGGCGGCCUGGAGGAUGUGCUCGCGAACUGGGACGAGACCAGGGGUCGCCGGCCGCACAUCAUGUACACUGUGACGAUGGGCCACAACCCGACCGGCAUUGUGCUCAGCCUGGAGCGCCGGAAGCAGCUCUAUGAGAUCUGCAGCCACUACGACGUCAUCAUUGCCGAGGACGAUCCGUACUGGUACCUGCAGUAUCCAUCGGCGGCGGUCAACGAAGCCGCUUCGCGCAACCUGCCCACACCCAAGUCGCCCGUUGUGCCGCCCACCAUCGACGAGGCGGCUGGUCAGCGUUCGACGGGUUUUGCGUUCCUCGACUCGCUUGUGCCGUCGUUUCUUGCCGUUGACGUCGACGGCCGUGUUGUGCGCCUAGACACCUUCUCCAAGACGGUUGCGCCAGGCUGCCGCCUGGGCUGGAUCACGGCCCAGCCCGCUUUCAUCGAACGCUUCACGCGCAUUGCCGAGACGGGCACCGCGCAGCCGUCGGGCUUUGUGCAGUCACUCAUCUCGGAGCUUGUCAUGGGGCCGCUGCCCAGUUCGGGCGCGUCGUCCUUCUCCGCCUCCGCCUCUUCCCCUUCCUCUGCAUCGCCGUCGGCGACUGAGAUGGCCGUGAGAAAGAAGAGCAAAAGCGAUCCGACCUUCUCUGGCUGGCAGGUGGGCGGCUGGGUCCGGUGGCUCGAGGGCUUGCGCGGCGAGUACGAGCGUCGCAUGAACCGCAUGUGCACGAUCCUCGACGAGGGUUCGUUCCAGCUCAAGCAGGGCACACCCGUGCGGUCCUCCGACGCAGACUGGGGCGUCAUCACCAAGACACAGCUGUACUCGUACGACUGGCCGCGCGGCGGCAUGUUUGUGUGGAUCCGCCUGCACUUUGAGGUGCACCCGCUGUGGCAGGCUCCGCGGGCCAACGGCGUCCCCGGCGACGUCAUUGACGGCCCGCUGUUUUCGAUGGCGCUCAUGUUCUUCCUGAGUAGCAAGCCGCACCUGGUGCUCAUUAGCCCGGGCACCAUGUUCAGCGCCGACGACAGCGUGCGGGCCGAACGUGGCUGGGCCUACUACCGGCUGUGCUUCGCGGCCGAGAGCGACGCAAAUUUGAUCGAGAGCUCAAAGCGUCUUGUGACGGCCAUCCACAAGUUCUGGAAGAUCAAGAAGGCGCAAGACUUUGAGGACAUCCUCAACAGCUCACCGGCGGCCAUGGCCGAUGCCGCAGAGGCUAGCGAGAAUGGAGACCUGGGUAACCUGGGCGUGUGGAUGGGUUGUUAG